AUGUCAACAAAAUCUAUUGACAAGCUCGAAAGUUUUUCGAGCCUAGAUUUAGGAAUAGACAUCAGCGAAUUACAGAGUCCAUCCCACAUAAAGCCGAACUCCAGCUUAACUUCUUCUUCAUUUCUGAAUUCAAGUUUUUCACAACUCGGCAUUCCUUUCCCAGAUUUACCGAAUUACGACGAUGAUGAAGAACACAAGCGUGAUGUUUACAAUCCGCAGCAGCACGUUAGUCCAUAUGGCAUAAGUCAUGUUUCAAGUUGGACAUCAGCAACAUCAUUUGACGGAGAGCUUCAGAAGUUCUUUACAGAUAUUGCAAAAGAAUCUUCCGAAAACCCAGAAAUAAGUUUACUUAUUCUUAACACUUGGAAUGAGCUUUCCAAAUCAGCACCAGGACAUCCAGGUGAAGUUCUUGCAGCAAAGCUUAACGAGCUUCCUGAAGAUUCCAUUUCUCCAACUUUAUUAAAUCAAUGCUUCGCACAGCUUGAUGAUAUUCGAACAACAAUAUCCUCACCAAUUUCAGCAUGCUUGUUCUACCAAUCCUGCCUUGUUUUAUACCAAAAACUUCCAAAAGGUACAAUUCUUGGCGAAUGCGCACUUGACAUCUUCAGAGAAUCAAUUAUAACCGCAUGUACAAAAAUAGGAGAUGAAAUCGUUGAUUUAUACAUAAAAGCUCUCCAACUUUCAUCAGAUUCCGAAAUUUUCAAGAAAAUUGUCAACAGACUUCUUGAAAUCAGAAAAAGAUUCAGCACUCCAUCCCAGGAAAAGCUAUACAACUGUAUCAUUGAAUAUCUCGACUGCCAGAUCGCAAAUACAGUUAUUAUUAAUCAUUUGGCCGAGAGUGUUCUCAGUGCGACCAAGAUGAACACAGAUAUAGCAGAAAUCGAACUAGUUACUAAAACCAAACUAGUUAGAUUCCAGGAACUUCUUUUGAUUGUUAUCGCAAAUAACCAAAUCCUUGAGAAUCCAAAGGAAUACAAUACACUUACACCACAUAUUGAACCAAAUCUGGCAUAUCUCAUGCUUUGCAAUAUACAUCCUGAUGAAAUUCAACCAGAAAAAAUUGAUUACAAACUGAUUGACAAUUUCAUGACAGUACACAACGUUAAUUUGAAUGUGAACCAUGAGGAUCUUUUACUCAAAAUUGAAAACAUCGAAAUUACUGAUUGGGAUAAUAUUGAAAUUUAA